CGUAUCCAAAGAGGGGAGGUGGUGGGGUGAGAAAAAAGAAGAGGUAUUGUAAAAAAAAACAACAAUCUCGAUACCGAUAAAACCUCUAACAAACCACGAAUUGAUCCGUUAUGCGAGGUUACUCAAUAUUCCAAACUUUCGAGGUGUCUACAUGAGGGACACACUGCCCAAGACCCCGCGGCAGUACGAGUCGGCCAUAGUUAACCUGGACAGUUCCCACGGUGAAGGUACGCACUGGGUCUGUUAUAAGAAACUCGGAGACAGAGUGUACUACUUUGACAGCUUUGGAAAUCUGAGACCGCCGGUAGAACUCGUAUCCUACUUUGGAUCAGGGGUGAGCGUACAGUAUAACUAUGAGCGUAAACAGUCUGAGGACUCAGUAGUCUGCGGUCACUUGUGUUUAAAGUUUCUGGCGCGUAAUGUUUUCACUUAACGGAGCUGCUCCGCACGUAUCUUGCGAGGUCUUUCCACCAAUGGAUUUGAGCGAUGGAGAGUACGAGAUUGGUCUAAUUGAUCUCUCGACGUACUAUACGAUACCAAACAUUGAAAGAGGUGUGAAUGACAUGUUCCACUACGGAGUCGACAAAGAAAUAGUGAUAGACGAGGGGUCGUAUGAAAUUGAAAACAUAGAAGAAUAUAUCAAGUCGCACAUUGACGGAAGUGUGACGUUCAGUCUUAAGGCAAACAAUAACACGCUAAAGUCCGAAGUAUCGUGCAGUGAAGCGAUACAUUUUGAAAAGCCGAAUUCGGUAGCCUCAGUACUUGGUUUCACCGCUAAGGAACUGGAGCCUCAUAAGACCCACAUGUCCGACCUCCCCGUCAGUAUUAUGGCGGUAAACACGAUACGUGUCGAGUGCAACAUUGCACGCGGUUCCUUUCAAAACGGUAUGGAAGGACACGUGUUGCACGAGUUCUACCCCGAUGUGGCUCCCGGGUAUAAAAUAGUUGAGAAACCGAGCACUGUCAUCUAUUUACCGGUGAACGUCCGCAGGGUGAACAAUAUAGAGGUCUCUCUCAGAGACCAAAACGGCGAUUUAAUCAACUUUAGAAACGAACCCGUCUCGUUACGCUUGCACAUUAGGAAGCGGCAAUGGGUCUAGUAUUUAGAGAA